AUGAGCGAGGAUAACCGGCUGAUUGCAAUAUAUUUGCAAGAUUCAUUCCUGACAAUGCAACGAUUUGAACGAAAACAUGAUGUCAGUGCUGGUGGAAGGGACCUCAGCGGCCGCACGCCGCUCUCGCGCGCAGCAGAAUGUGGACAUGAAGCAAUCGUGAGCCUGUUACUAUCUCGGAACGAUGUUGAUCCUGAUUAUGAGGAUACAAAUGGGCGAACGCCCCUUUCAUACGCUGCAGUAUCGGGUCACCUGACAAUCGCCAAAUUAUUGCUUCAGUCUGGUAGAGUCUAUGCUGAAUCGGAGGAUGAGUACGGUCGAACUCCUCUUUCACGUGCUGCAGAGGGCGGGCACAAAGAAUUGCUUGAAAUGUUGCUUGAAAGUGGUGCUAAACUGGAAUCUAAGGAUAGAGAUCACCGAACACCAUUAUCUUGGGCUGCUGCGGAGAACGACCAUGGCGCAGUAGUAGCACUUCUACUUGAACUGGGAGCUGCGAUAGAAUCAAAAGAUCGAGAGGAGCGUACACCACUAUCCUGGGCUGCGAUGAAAGGGCGGGGAGCAGUAGUAACGCUUCUACUUGAGAGGGGAGCUAAUAUAGAGUCCGAAGACAAGCAUUCCCGUACUCCACUGUCAUGGGCUGCAAGGAAAGAGCAAGAGGCCACAUUCGCCAGGGGAUUAGAAUCUUAA